CAUGACUUCCUCAGAAAGAAGGAUGUAGGUAUUAGGUUAUGCUAUAAAAACUCCUCUGCACACCUCUCACACCUACCUCCAGAUAGACAAAGACUGCUGUCCCUGUUGCUUCCAGGCCCUUCCCAGGGGAUAUCAGCCCAACAGAGACAUCUCCACAAGCACAGAGAAGCACAGAGGUCUCAAGACAGGGCGCGAUGGGGUUCCUCUUCUCGAAGCCAUGAACGACAGCGUGAAAGGGCAACAGGAGUUUAUGCAGCUCCAGGUACCAGAGAGGCCAGCGGCAGUGCGGAGGAAGCUCUGCUGCGGCUCGCUGCCUGCGCACGGCUGGACUGGCAGCUUCACCUGCUGAGCUUUGCUGUCCUCCCAGGGUUAAAGUGCUCCAUAGUAAUAAAAAGGAAGAAUCCAGCAGUUUUGCUGCCAAUACUUCCCUUAGGCUUUGUAUUUUCCUAUCAUUAUGAUAUGGUCUAUGGGACAUUACUGCAAAGGAUUAAAGGUGAAGCAGAGAACAUACUUGACACACAGAGCACUUUGCUGGAAUUGCCUAAAGGACCCCUCACAUGUAAAGAUUUGUAGAAAAUCAGAAUAUCUCAGAGCAAUUUCUUCACUGAAAAUCAGGAAGAUGGUAUUAAAGCCACAAAUCUGAAAUGUGAUUGUAAUACUGCAUUUUAACAUAAUUGAAUCAUUAGAAAAUUGAUAAGAUUAUGAGCUCUUAUAAAAUCAAAAUGUAAUGGAUUUUAAAAAAAUGCAAUUUUCUAAAGCAAUUGGUUCCAUAUUAUAUUUAUCUCUUAAAAAUAUUCAUUAUUCUGUAGUAUAUUUUCCUUGUUUAUGAUGAAAUAUUGAAUUUGCAUUGUUUAUCCAGAGUCUGAAAAUAACUUUCACCUGUAUUAAAAAAGUCUUUGGUAUUGACCAAACUCAGUAUAACUAAUAAAGAUAUGGUAAUUGGAAGUUAUAAGUUUGUACAAAUGUAUAAAUUAUAUAAAUAAAUAUAUACAAUUUUCAAAUACAUUUCAGGAUACACAGUUCAAUUUGAAAUCAGGAGCAGGCAGUUAAUUUCUUUGAAAAAUAAGACACUUUUUAUUUGCUGUUCUUUAGGCAGUGAACUCACCAUUUUCUGCUUCAAGUUCUGGAAUAAACAGCUUUUAUCAGUAGUAGGUUCAUAAGUAAACACAUAACUUGAUAACUGUGUGUUUUACUCUUAGGGAAAACUGUGUUAAAGUAUGAGGAGAGAUAGCUUCUGAAAAAGAGGAAACAAAUUAUGUAGCUAUUUCCCAAAUCUUUUUCAUGCAUGUUCAACAUUCUGAAAUUCAGGAUAAUUUUUUUUUGAUAAUUGAAAUCAGAGUUUCACUACUAAGAUGAAUAUUAACUUAGGCUAACAGCAAGCAAAAUUAUUAAUGUAUGUUUUUGUAAUGAGUAGAUCCAAGUGACCUUACAAGUAUUGAAAAACUGAGUGAUUUUUCACAUGCCUUUACUCUAAUAUGGUAUAUCCCAAGAAUAUAGUUUUAGUAUACUUUAAUGUUCUGAUGUCACACUUGGAAAAAUUGUUUCUGUAUUGGAAAUCUUGUUUAGAAACAGAUUAUUUUGUGGUUUGGAUGGAAAUUCUUCUAGCAUUAAUCUAAUUGUGGAAUGAAAAACAAAUGCUCAAAGGCAUCCAAAAAUGAAUUAAGCCAAAGUCUAUAUUGACAAUUUGUUGACUUAAAAAUUAAAUUUCAGUUGGAGAUAAUGCCCCAAAUAUGAUUUUGAAGACUACUUAACUAAACUUAGAUUAUUGUUACAAUAAGACGGGCAAAUAUAUAUUGAAACCAAAGCUUCUCAAUGCAGAAGAAAUUAAUAGCACAGUUUCCACAGUUUGCCUUCUGAAAGUGCAUUAACUUCUGCAGUCACUUCCGUAAUUGGUUCUGUCCCCUGCAUGUUAACAAUGCAUACAGUCUGUAACUGAUCUCAAAUGUGAUGUGUUUUAAUGGUCAGUGCAAUAAAAUGAACACAAGUACUCCACUUUCUUCUUUUGCUUUGAAUAACAGAGCAUUUGCUAUGUUUCCUCCAAGUUCUGAAGUCCAUCUUCCUUUAAUUUUGAAGAAUUCUUGUAUGUUUUGUUAUAUGUCAUCUACUGAUACUCUUUCUUCCAAAAAAGAAAAACAAUUGAACCAGCCUUUUUGGGUAUUUCCAUGUCUCCAUCUGUGCCUUUUAGCCCACAUUUUAAUCCUAUGAAAGACAUUUUCACAAGAGAAUGGUUUUAACAGACCAUACAGGAGUUUUACUUAUAAAUCUUAGAAAAUUAGGAAAUACCCUAAUCGUAUCCACUGUGAAUUAGGAAAUACCCUAAUCGUAUCCACUGUGAAUCAUAUCCACAUGUGCUUAUGACAGAUUCCUGACUAUGGUGUUUGAUCAAAAGCCAGUGUUAAAGGGAGCAAAAUCCCUUACCUGGUCCAGGUAGCAGUUUUGGGGCAUAAUAGGGUAGCUAUAUAUUAGUCCAUCCAAACUAAAUUUGAUUUCUUUUCUCCUGAAGUUUGAACUUUGAUAAAUAAUGUUAGUCUAUUGUAAGACUCCACAUAAAAUGUGACAGAAAUGGGGUAAGCUUAAUCCAGUAUUACACAGUAUCAGUGAAAUUCAACAAAUUUAUUAAGGAAAAGGCUCUAAGAAAGAUGGUCUAACCCAGAAAUAGAUUUAGAUGGGCUAUAUAGAAUGUGCCAAAAAUCAUCAAGAGUUAAGAGUUAUUCAUCUUUAUUGUCCUUAUUUUUUACUGUUUGCUUUUGCUUUUUGAAAAAAUGCAUGGUUUUGUUUUGAAGAUGCUCAUUCUUUGUUGCAGAGUUAGUUAAUUCUACUGCCAGUGCAUUAAUCAAAAUGCUUGCAUGUGGUGUGCACAGUCAUAUCUGUAACACAGUGAUAGAUACAAAAUAAUUGAGUGGUAUAACUUCCUUCAGAAGACAGUGAAAAUAAACCGGGGCUUAGCAAUAUCAAGCUUUACUUUGGGGAAAUACAUGUUUACAGUACAAGUUGCCCAUAUUAAUCAUAUUUGUUAUAGAAAUAAAUAAAGCACCUAAAACAUCCCACUCCUUUCUGUCAUUUGUGCUCAACUGGCCUCAGCUGUUAGACUUGCUUUAAUAUAUCACAACAACUGUCUUUGUUUCCAUGAAUCACUGGGGAAAAAAAAGGAGAGCAAUUCCAGGGGGAGCCUAUGCUGGCCUGAAGGCACUACUCUUACCACCUUAAUUCUGUUGGGUUUUUCUGGUUAUUAUGUCUGAUAGCCAUACAUCCUGAAUCAGUAUCAUUUGGAGCAGGAUUAUUCUGGAAAAGGGAGAGUCAGUCAUUAUUAGAAUGCCAAAAUUAAGCUGUUUGUGUUCUAAUUAUAGGUAUGAACCCAAGGAAGUGCAUGCCACCUGCAAGUCACAAGUGUUUCCACCUCACUCUUGUUUAUCUGGUUGUGAUAGUAUAUAUGAGUACUGAGGAGAAACGAGCAGUUUGGGCUCCUUCCUACAAUAAGGAAAGUUGAAAAGCAUGGUCCCCUCCUACAUGCUUUGCAGUUAUUUUAUUGCUGACUGCAUAUUGCUGCUCUUAAAAGGAAGGAAAGACACUUAUGUGAACAAAUACAAACAAGAUUGUUUCUGCAUUAUUUCUUAAUCAGCCUUGGACUUCAUUAUGCAAAAAUGCAUGGAUUUCUUAACUUUUUCAAUUAUAAGUUUUCUUAAGAUUGAACUUUUUCUAAACUGCACAAUCCUCUAAUGAAAGCAA